CCUCAGGAUGAUCAGAAUAGUCCAGCUGUUGUGUUUUUCUGGCCUUCUUUUACUGUGUGACGGUCAGGGUCUCACAACAUGCCUCACUCAGCCCACGUACAGACUGGCAGAAAACGCUGACAUGACAGUGGUGUGUGGAACCAGUCAAAUGUUUUUAAAAGUUCUCAUUUGUCCAAUGUAUUUUGCGGGAUACAACGAAUCCCUAAUGGCGCUCAAUGCUAAGUUUAGCACCCCAGCCUGCCGUGGAGUAGCGGACUGGACUGUCAAUCCUCCCGUCCUGCUGUUCAACUUCUCAAUCUCUCAGGAGGCGCUCAUCCUUUGUGGCAUCAAUAUGAACAUUUUCAGUCAAGUGGGAUCAGGGAUAUUCUCCGACUUCUCCCAAAUCCAGUCCGUUAAUAUCUCUGGAUUAAUCAAUUCCUGGGAUCCCAGCACCAGCACUAUCUCUUACAGGCAACAACUGAUGUACCAGUUCUCAUGUCUGUAUCCACUGCAGUAUUUAGUCAACAACACUGAGCUCGGCGUGUCAGGAGUGAGUCUAGCAGUAAAGGACAACAAUGGCACCUUCGUCAGUACUCUAAGCAUGGCUCUUUUCAGUACUCCCGACUACACAACCAGACUCCAGAUCCCGGGAUCUGGGCUGCAGUUGAAAACUCGCAUAUAUGUGCAGAUCAAGGCAACAAAUCUCACAAACAAGUUCAAUGUGUUGCUGGACCGUUGCUAUGCCACAACAAGCCCUUAUCCAGCCCUCAGCACCUCUUACGAUCUUUUUAUCGGGUGUAAUCGUGAUGCCCAGACAAAGAUCGAUCGGAAUGGGAUAUCCCAGGAAGCUCUCUUCUCCUUUGAGGCCUUCCGCUUUGUGGAACACAAAAACCUGUCCGUCUCCACUUUCUACCUGCAUUGUGCUACCCGACUCUGUGAGAACUCCACUUGCGCCUCCUUGCUUCCGAAAUGCGUUAGGAAAAGAGAAGUACAGUCUCCAGUGUACAACUCUUCUGAUGUUGCCAUUGUCUCCUCAGGACCAGUCAGAACUAAAGUUGACAGCGGUGUCCCUGUGCCUGCUAGAUUAACCUCAUCAGCAUCCAUCCCUCAGCUGACGUAUGUUGGUGUAGCCACUGGCUUGCUGAGCUUCUUUCUGUUUGACUGGUUGUCUACAUCAGGACUUGCACAGUGAUCGGCAUCAGGAUUCGGGAAUUCCUUAUCACUUGACUGAAAACAAUGUUUCUUAGAAGAUAUCUCACUUGUUACAUAAAUGUGAGAAUAUAUAUGUGUCAGUUAUUAGCACCUUCAUUUUUUACAUUUUUUAAUGUUUCUGUGAGAACAAGAAAAAAGAAACAUGUUCAGUAUGUAGUUUACAUAUUGUGUUCUUUUUAAAAGUUUUUAAUGCAUAACAGUGCUUUGGGGGGAAAUGUAUGCACUAUGAAUGUAACCAUUUCUAUUCAGUUUAAACUUGAAUAAAAA